AUGGGGUCAUCUCCAGUCAAGAUAGCAAUCAUCGGCACUGGUCUCAUCGGUCCAAGGCACGCUCAAGCCGUUCUGAAUGAACCAGAUGCUAUACUGUCAUGUAUUGUUGAUCCUAGUCCUGCUGCUGAAGCGAUAGCAAAGCAAUUAGAAGUUCUCCGUUAUGCCUCCGUACAGGAGAUGCUGGCUUCAUCUUCCAAACCAGAUGCUGCAAUAGUCUGUACGCCCAACCACACUCAUGUAUCAGUCUCAAAAGAGCUUCUCGACGGCGACGUCCACGUCCUUUGCGAAAAACCGAUAUCAGUCGACGUACCUAGUGGACAGGAUCUAGUCAACCACGCCGCCUCCCUUAACCUCCACCUACUAGUUGGGCACCACCGCCGCUUCAACCGCUACAUAGUUACCACAAAACGCCUCCUCUCCUCCCACUCCCUCGGCCGCAUCGUUGCCGUCUCCGGUCUCUGGACCCUCUACAAGCCACCCCCUUACUUCGACGCCCCCACCGAAUGGCGCCGCACCUCCUCCGGCGGCCCGAUCCUAAUAAACCUGAUCCACGAGAUUGACAUCCUGCACCACCUGCUUGGCCCCAUCGUGCGGGUAUCCGCCGAAGCGACGCCCUCGCAGCGCGGGCACGAAGCCGAAGAGGGCGCGGCCAUACUCCUACGUUUCGCGUCCGGGGCCGUCGGCACGUUCGUGCUCAGCGAUGCAGUGCCCUCGCCUUACAACUUCGAGGCGGGUACGGGGGAGAAUCCGACCAUUCCGAAGAUGGGGCAGGACAUUUACCGCAUCUUUGGAACUGAGGCGUGUCUUAGUGUACCAGAUAUGAGGAUAUGGAGCUAUGGACAGGGGGAGAAGAGCUGGACGAGUGGGAUGAAGGAGGAGGUGGUUAGCGUGGAGGAGAUGAGGAUGCCGUUUGAGUUGCAGGUGGAGCAUUUGGUGAGAGUAGUGAGGGGAGUGGAGGCACCGAGCUGUUCCGGGUCGGAUGGGCUCAGGGCGGUUGUGGUGUGCGAUGCUGUUAAGAGGGCUUUGGAAACGGGGGAGGCUGUUGAUGUACCACUCGGGGUUGAUCAACGUGUUUGA